AUGCUCUACAACACUGACAGCGCUGCGAUCUUGCGCGACGCAAUCGCGAUCGCCCUUAUUCUGUUCGGCAUAGGGGCGCUUUUGCCGCGGCGCCGCGCCUCAUCAGCGGCCGCCGCGCAACACUCCCGUUCCCGUGUCGUUGUCAACAUCAUAAUGACGCUCGCGUUAAGGACGUAUUUAUGUAAACCCUUUGAGAGGUGCGGUUUUAGAACUGAAAAAUUGCCCGCGCAGGGGCGCGCCAGUGUCACGUGCUCCCCACGUGCAGUUUUGACAGUUAUAAGACUGCUUGUAUUACUAAGCUUUGGUAAAUCUAUGAACAUCGCGCAGGGCGCCGACCGAAACAGUUCAGUGCACAUCGACGUGACGCGUCAUAAUCAAAAUGGCGGCGCGCUAAUCGGCCAGAUAUACGCCGCCGGC